AUGCAUGUUCAAAUUCCAUCACCACCUUUGCCACCUGUUGACUUACACAACGACACCUUUAACUUAUUUCCGACUCAUAACAUGUUGCCAAGACGCUUCAAACCAAUAGAAACCUGUGACAAUUGUAAGCAACGUAAAAUAAAAUGUGACAAAGAAAGACCAGCUUGUGGGACUUGUAGUAAAGCUCAACGAGAUUGUACUUAUACCUUUUCAGCAUCAUCAAAGCGGCCUUGUCCAAAAAAUAAGCUUGAAAUUUUACAAGAUCAAAUUGAUGAUAUUCAGUCUAUACAAUACCAACAAUUAAAUCAAAUGAAUGAUUUAUUAGAAAUGGCUAAUUGGAAUGGAUUUUACCCUCAUAUGGAGCCAAGUUUAAAUCAAAGUCUUUCUGAAGAGGCAUUACAAUUCACUUCUCAAUUAGCUGCCUCCAUUCAAGGAGAUAGUCAGUAUAUUCCCAUAAUUGAUCCAAACAAUUCUGAUAACAAUGGAUUUAGUAAUAUAGAUCAAUUAGAAGAACUUGCAAAUCAAUUUAACAAUAAUUUGAAAAUCUAUGAGUCAACUAGAUAUGUUGGUACAGGAUCAUUAUUAAUGUUGAAUGAGACUGGUGAAGAACAAAUAAUUCCACAAAAACAAGAUGAUUUAUCAGCUGUUGAUCAAUCAUUAAAAUAUUUGCCUGACCCUAAAACAGCGGAAAGUUUAAUUAAUGUUUAUUUUCAGAGAAUAUAUAGACAUUUUCCACAUCUAAAGAGAAAGGUUGUAGCUGAUUGUUUUAAUGAUUUAUCAACACCACAACAAUUUCUUUUGCUUAAUAGCAUUUUCUUUGCGGCAGCACCUUUUCAUCCAGACCCAAAGUUACGAGAUGGAAGAAUGCAUUAUGAGAAGAAGGCAUUAGCUUUAUUGCAAAACUAUUGUCUACAAACUCCUCAUGUCCUUACAGUUGUGAGUUUAUUCAUAUUGGGACUCCAAUCAAGAAAGAUGGGAUCUGCUUGGAUUUUCUAUGGUAUGGCAACUAAAAUGUCAUUUGAACUAGGCUUGCAUCGUAAAAUUAAAAAUGAUCAGGUUCAAAAUACUGAAGUUAAAGAAAUGAGAGACAUGGCAUUUUGGGGUUGCUUUAUUGGCGAAGUGUGGCUUUCUGCAACCUAUGGUCGUCCAAGUGCUAUAGAUGAAGCAACUUGUGAUGUAGAUUUACUUCCAAUACCACCAGAUCCUGAACCUGAUGAAGAAACAAGAUCACAUAUAGCUUGGAUCUUGCAUAUAAAUUUAUUAAGAAUUUUUGCUCAGAUUCGCAAGUAUUUAUAUGGACGAACUAAAAUAGCAGGUAGUCGCCGUGAAGAAAAUCAAUUUAAAUUUUUGGAUGCUGCGUUAGGAAGAUGGUUUUAUACUCUUCCUAAUUGGUUGAAAUUUGAAGAAAUGGCUCAUGAUGUUGAAGGAAGUUUUUUAGGUUCAAUUGGAGGAGAAAUGCAUACUUUAUUCUGGACAGUACUUAUUCUGCUUCAUAGUCGUAAUUUGACAAUGUUCACAUCAAAUGCCCCCAAAAAUAUGCCAAUUAACAAUAUUGACGAAGAAUCUAGAAUAUCAUCACAAACAAUAUGUUUUCAUGCAGCAACAAUACUUUUACAUUGGCUUGAUGUAUUGAUGAAUUCUGUACCAGAUUUCUUUGAACAAUCAUGUUCAGCAUUAUUUUCAAUAACACCAGCUAUCAGAGUUUUAUCAUGGACAGAAGCACAAAAAAGCAACGAGAAGGCUGCAGGUAUGGUGCAACGAUUAAAAGAAAUCAAAGUCCAAGUUAGGGAAAUUGCUAGGAGAAGGUUUUCAGGUGGUGAAGGAAGAUUGGAUGGUGAGGUGACAUUGAAAAAUUUGUUGGUUAAAGCAAAAGAAGAAGAAUCUAAAAAUAUAGAACAGUUGAAAUCUGAUGAAUAUGAUUCGCAUGCAACAACUAAUAAUAAUAAUAGAGGAAGAAAAUUUAAUAGAAGGAAAAAUAAUAUAUAA